GAGUCACUAGAGAGAACUUGGUCACUACUGCUUUCAGCAACAUGGGGUCCGUCUGGUUUGCUGUUGUUUCAGUUCUGGUUUUGGUGCAGCUGAGCUUUGCUGACAAGAACCGCUGCAUGGACAAGUGGCACAAUGUCUAUGUCAUCUAUCCGGGGUCCCAGUGUGGCCAGUUUGUCCAGUGGGCCAUAUCCAACCCCUCGGGAAGAGUCCUGAGCUGUCCCCACGGUAUGAGAUUCAACGUUGUUCAGUGUCACUGUGACCUGGCUGCCAAUGUCAAGUGUCCAGCCUCCAAGUCUCCUGUGGACUGUUCAGAUCUGGCACCAGCAGGCAUUAAGGUAUCUGGUAUCUAUAACUUCACUGUGGGAACGUGUAAGAUGGGGGCCUAUUGUGACAUGAAGGAGCCUGGGCACGAAUGGCUGUUGAUCCAAAAGCGUGAGACCAGCAUCCAAAAGCCCCUGGACUUCUAUGAAGGAAUGCGUUCCUAUGUAGAAGGCUUCGGACAGCUGGGCUUUGAAUUCUGGUGGGGUCUGGAUAACAUGUAUCAGCUGACCAAUCCAAAGAAGAACAGCCGCAAGUAUGAACUACGUGUAGAUCUCAAAGACUUCAACGGCCAUUCUGGGUUUGGAGUCUUUACUGAUUUCUCCAUUAGCAGUGCCAGUGACGGAUACAAACUGUACCUUGGGAGUCUCAAAGAGGGAAAUGUUGGUAAGAUGUUGGGUAGAUUAAUGGAUCAGUUCUUGAGGCUUAUUUUGAUAAUAAUAAUAAUAACAAUAAUUAUAAUUAUAAUAAAAAUAACAGUAAUAACAGCUGACAUCUCAAAGGGGAAUAUAGGUAAGAUUACUAAAGGCUGAUUUUUUCUUAACUUUGAUGGCAUAAUUCAGUAUUAUCCAGGGAAAGAAUUUGAACCACUUCAUGGCUAAUUUAUAAUCACAUCUACAGCUAAUUAAAAGUCAGUUUUCAAAACUUUUCUUCAACUUUUUAGGAGACUCCUUCAUUGGUUCCAGAAACAUGACCUUCAGCACCAGAGAUCGUGACCACAACAAAAUGGCCACCAAACAUCACGGCGGAUGGUGGUACAGCAACGACAGCCGUUCCAACCUCAACGGGAACGGGAUGCGCCAUGGCUCCUACCACUCGAUUGUCCCUGACGGUGUCUACUGGAAAUCAUUCCGCGGGGUAUGGUAUUCCUUAGAAGCCACCAAGAUGGCCAUCAGACCCAUGCAUAUGCCAAAGACCACCUCCUCCACCAAGAGAACAACAAAGAGCACAACAACUUCUACAACAAAAAGUACUACGACUUCGACGACCAAAACAACAACCAAGACGACAACGACCACUCCCAAGUCAACUUCGACCACUCACAAAUCAACUUCGACCACUCACAAGAGGCCAACGACAACACGCAAACACGAUGAUAGUGGUGCCCAUGGAUUCCUUCCAUUUGAUUACUAACUAAAACAUUUCAUGAAGAAUAGCAUAAACUUAUUAUUAGGUGGUCGCCAUCUACAUACAGAAUAAGUUUCUGUAUAUGAACAAACAUGGUUCAGACAACAAAAUUUUUGAUACAGUCACUAUUUUAUUAUGCCAUUAGUCAUGUAAACUAACACCAGUGACCAGUUGUUUUCUUUUUAACUUUGUGAGUCUACCAUAUAUGUCAGACUUCAAGACUUAUUAUCAGAUCUUUAAAAAUCUGUUUCAUGCAAAUGACCAUAUGUUUAUAUCCUAUGUCUGGGUCAAACAUGUAAGCAAAAAUUCAUAGAGUUGUUACAGUAGUAACAAGUUUAUUGGAUAAACUUAUGAUUCACAAAAUCCA